UGGUGUGGAAGACAUGGCGAAUGUUAAAAAAAAACAGAAGUAAAGCUGAACAUGUGAGGGCAGGAGGACCCACAGAGUUCAGGGCCGGGACCAUGGAGUCGUCCUCUGAUGAAGAGGAGGUGCGCACCUUCGUCCAAGUCCUCAGUGACAAAUACAACCCAGAGAAUUUCCCCUAUGGCCAAGGAGUAAUGGUCAUGCCCAGCCCACCAGGAUCCCCUGUCAAAGAUCGCCUGUUUUUGCCCUGUUCUCUGGUUCUGAGUGACACUGGAGUCAGUAAAGCUGGCGACGGGUCAGACAUUGCAGCUUUCUGUGCCCAUGUGGUAGAGCUAGACCUGUCCCACAAUCAACUUAACGACUGGUCGGAGAUCUGCACCAUUGUUGCCAACAUCCCUCACCUAGACUUCCUCAAUUUGAGCAUGAACCCUCUGAGCAGCAUAAAGCUGGAGCCCUGCAUGGCUGACGUGUUCUCCAGGGUCCGACAACUUGUUCUCAUUAACACGCACAUCAGCUGGGACACCGUACACACACUCACGCAACAUACACCAGAGCUAGUGGAGCUUUUCCUGUGCCUGAAUGGCUACAACACUGUGACAGAAUCCCAGGCGUCCUGUCCGUCACUACGCCUGCUGCAGAUUACAGACAACCAGCUGCAGGAAUGGGCAGAAGUGAGGAAGUUUGGGCAGCUGUACCCGAGUCUGAGCACACUGGUUCUGGCCAAUAACAGUGUGGACUCAGUGGGGGACUCUCAGGACACACUGCAGCGGCUGUUUCCCAACCUGCGCAGCAUCAACCUCAACAACUCAGGACUCAGUAAAUGGGAGGACAUUGAAAGGCUGAAUUUCUUCCCAAAGCUGGAGGAAGUCAAAGUAAAGGGGAUUCCUUUAUUGGAGCCUUACACCACCCAUGAGAGACGUAGCCUCCUCUUAGCACAGCUGCCCUCUGUAGUGCUGCUGAACGGGAGUGCAGUGUCUAAUGGAGAGAGAGAGGAUGCUGAGAGGCUUUUCAUCCGCUACUACCAGGACUGCCCAGAGCAGGAACUUCCUCAGAGGUACCACAUCCUCGUAUCCAAGUAUGGUCAACUGGCCCCGCUGGCAGAGGUGGACCUGACCCCCCGCGGCACCAUGGUAGAUGUUCGCUGGGGUGACAGGGUAGAAGCUGUCAGCCUCCGCCUGGAGCAGACGGUGGGCGACCUGAAGAAACAUCUUCGAGCUGUGCUGCAGCUGCCCACCAAUGGAAUCAGGCUCUUCUACAUCAACCGGGAGAUGUCUAUGAUGAUUGGUCCUGAGGAGUUGAAGUGCGGCAGCCGGGCCCUGCAUUCCUACAGCAUCCGAGAUGGGGAUGAGAUUCUAAUUGUGCCCAGAGUCAAAGCCCGCUGCAGAUCCUCAAACAUUUGAGUCAGGAGGCUCUCUGGUUUUGGAUGAAGGGGACUUUAGGAACACUUACUGGAUGCUAAGUUUUGACUUGAGCUUUUUACUUUUUUUUUUUUAGUUUAAAAUAAAAGGUGAUGUUUUUCAGCCUUGAAUGUAAAGGUGUUCGCUGUCCACCAUAUUGAACAAAUCUAUACAAUAGAGUAUUUGCACAUAGGAGUUCCACAUUCACAUAUAUUGUAUCUUUAGUUGCACAUUUCUGUGCUUUAGUUGGUUGAGGUAAGACUGCAGUUUACAUCUCGUUUAUGAAAAAUGUUAUGCAAAUCCAGACAUGGUGCAAAAAAGCCCUCUGGAAAAAAAGGUGCCGGAAUUACCCAUUGAAUGCACAAAUUGUACAUUGAUUUAAAGAUGUUUUAUAAUUGGAAUGUUUAUUUGAGAUUUUAGGAUGAAAAACUCCCCCUUUCCUGCGCCAUUUGUGGGACUUAUUAGUGUUUAUUUAAGUGGUGAAAAAUGUUGAAAUUGGGUGACAAAAAGAAAAUGAUGGUAGAUGAAAAGUUCAGAUGAAAUUGGAGUUUAAAAACUGCUGUGUGCAUAGGUUCUGUAGUUUCACUAUUCAUUUUGUUUUCAAAAUGCCUUUGCUGGCUUUUCUGCACCAUAAUCAGCAGCUCUUCAGUGUUUUGUCUUUGCAAGUAGAAGAUUUCUCCGAGGCCUGUUUUUAUGCCUUGGGAGUACAGUUUGGGUGAAAAUCAUUCAAAACCAAUUUACUCCUUAAAAGCCAACACAAUGGCAAACAAUGGACCUUAACCAUGCAGCAGUGACUGCAGCCAAGCUGACUUGAACACACACAAAGUCUGUGACCAUUCAAUUUCUGUGUGUCGCCAAGGGUUUGUGACCUGGGUACAGUCAUCACUUGUAUUGCAUAUAAACAACCAUUAUGUGUGGGGGUGGGGAUAUGUUGUAUUUAGAUUUUAAUGAUCAUGACAAGCUCAAAGAGGCUUUUUAAAAAUCUUUAUCCAAGCAGACUAGAUGUUGCUCAUGAGAACACGAGUGUGUGCAUAAAUAACAAAUCUUUCCCUGCUUCAUCCCGUCACUCAGAUCUCUCUCUUUCCACACAACACUUGUUAGUGAAAUACCCUGGGAUAACCCCGGAGCUGAAAUCACCAAUGCAGUGUGUUGGGGAUAACACGGAGCACAUGGCUGCCACUCAGUCAAGACGCCCUGGUAGAAAGGCGAGACAUGUCUGAGGUGAGCUCGGGUCUGGGACAGAGAGAAGGAGCACUGAUGCUCAAGUUACUGCAGGUCUUCUGGCUGUCUAGUCCAUGAAUGGAGCAGCUCUCUCUUGCUGCAGAGACAGCUGAGAAACGUUGAGGCCCAGUCUGUACGGUAACCACACACCGGCCGCUGUGUCACAGACACUUCCGCUGCGUUUCGGUUAGAAUGGGUUCAACCAACAGGCUUUUACCCCUCAGCCAUUCACCUCAAUCUCCUUUACAUCCGUCUUGCAAACCUGACACUUCUAGUGUCUGCUGUUUCACAGGACGUGGGGUUGUGAACUUCUCCAGUGGCUCACAUUGGCAUCAAUUGUUAUCAAAAUCAGAUAUAUUUAGAAAUACAUGUUCCACUUACAAGAAAAUGGGUAGCCUUUUCCAUUGCAAGAAUGUAACAGCCCAUAGCUUGCACUUUUAGGGACUGUGUGACUUAAAAGGUACUAGCUCUUUUUUCUUGUGUUUCCUUCUGCAGAUUUGGCCCCAUUCACACAGCCUGUUCAAAACAUUUUGUUAUUCCACCUUGUCGUUUUUGUAUGAUAGGUAUAAAUGAUUUUUCAGCCAUUAAGUUGAAGCAGAAGUAGUUACCAAGCCAAAUAGCAGUGCUGGGACAGUCAUUGUGACGGGCCUACACGCACACACUAGACGCCAAUGCUGUUGUGUCACGGGUCACACUUCUUUUCCCCCCAGAAUGCUAAAAUCACACACUGGGGUGGCAUUAUGCCAUUUUCAUUUCUAACCAUUGACUGCAUUUUCCUUGAUUGGCCUCCGCUCCCCAAAUGCUAAUAAGGACCUGGACCCUUAAUUUGUCCAACAAAUGUUCCCUAUUAUUUUCUGUUAUUGUCUGUUUUUGUGAAUGCUAACACUGGUAAAAUGGCAAUUUCUGCUUUUGUGUCUGAUGUAGUUCUUCUUCUUGUGAUGUGAUGAUGCAUCUAAUUGACCAAUAGGGAGGGACAGCCCCUGAAAGUACCUGUAACUUGCUUUGAGGAGAUGUAGAUGUAUUUCAUCAAUCUAGCACAAAGUGGUUGUGUUAUUUCCAUAAGUUCCUGCAGUGGAAAAAGGAUGUCAGGGUUUACCGGAUCAGCAUGUCUUUGGACAAUGGGGAUAAAACCGGAGCACUCAGAGGAACCUCAUACAGAUUUGUGGAGAACCUGCAAACUCCACUCUUAAACAACCCCACUACCUAGUGGAUGAGAGCCCAGGGUCUCCUUAUUGAGUGCUGCAUUCAUAGAAAGCUCAGGACAUGCACUCGCCUAUUAGUGAUGGGCAAAGCUGUUCUUUCCAGUGUAUUGAAUCUCCUUGUUCAUUGAAUCAAUUCAUUCUUGACCGGAGCUCUGACUUCGAAGUCGCAUUCUACCAGUGUGCAGAUUGUUGGCAUCACCAGAUAUUGAUGGAAACUGAGUUUUAAGAGUUGGAGUAUAUUGCUUGUUGUAUAAUCACGACCAUAGUGUUUGGUGGCCAAAUAAUUAUAAAUUCUGACUUACCCAUAGUCUGUUUUAAAGGGAGUUUGGUGAUUUAAGCUAUCAAAAUAUAUAAUUUUUCUUUUACACAUUUAUACCAAUAACAAAAGUUAAUUUUAUCCUCCUGUUACCACGUGUGUGAAAAUAUGUGAUGGCGCCAUCGUCCUGUGAUGCCCCUACUGUGCGGUCUGGUUCGCUCCUCACUCACAAAUUUACUUUGUAGUAAAUAACUGGAGAUCUCUUCUUGGGUUUUUCUGUCUUGACUCACUCAUGCAUUCUGCAUUAUUAUGACUGAGUGCUUACACAGGAAGUAAUGGGAUGAGCAUGAAACAUUUUGUCUGAAAGUGAUAUUGUUGUAAGGUGGUGAUUUGCAUGUUCUGAUAUUUCUGAUAUGUUUGAUUUAAAAUGUGUAUGAGAUCAUGUGUCAUUUCAGGGAAACAGUGUUUAUGGGCAUUUGUAAUUUUGACACUUUUGAAAUAUUAUCUGUCACCCUCACUUUUAUCCUCCAGUUAUACCAAAUACAAAACUUAUUUACAGAUUAAAAAAUCUAAAAGAUAGUUGCUAAUCUGUAAUGCAGUUUGCCUUGUGCUGUUAAAUAUGGUGUUUAAUUUAUCACGUUUGCUUUCUGUCAUUUUCUCAAAUGUGUAUCUUGAUAUUUUUAAUGCUAAACUCUUUUCUUUCUUGAAAUCAUAUUACGAUUUAUAUA